AUGAAGCCGAAUCGCUGGCAGUUGAAGAAGUUGACGAAAGUCGCGAAGCGAGCGACCAUGCGAGUCGAUCCACACAAGAAUCGCGGCCACGGCAGGAGAUUCAGGACGAUCCUACACGCGUUAAAUUACUAUUGCACGCACACGACCUUUCACGGCUUGCGAUACGUCGUCGACCCUGAUUUGCACGUCGUCGAACGACUGCUGUGGCUCAUCCUGUUCGCUGUGUCCUCUAUCGUCGCCAGCAAGGUGAUCUACUCGUUGGGGUUCCGAUAUCAGGCCGCACCAACGUCGAUCGGCAUCGACUCGAUGCAUUACAAGAUCUCCAGCUUGCCCUUUCCGAGCGUAACCCUGUGCCCGAACGACCGCGUAGACUGGAACCGGGCCCUCGAGCUCGAACGGAGGAUCUUCUCUAAUGAUACGGACAAGGCGAGUCUCGAAACUUUUCGAAAGAUACUCGGGAGGCUCUCCAUGAUGAGCUUCGGGGAUUUCGACGAGCUGGAUUUUCUGAAGAACCAAAGUCAAAGUAUUCACGGUCUCUCGGGUAGGACAGCCUGUUUCUUGACUUGGAUUACGAUCACAGGCAUCAACAUGACCGAAGUGUUGUACGAGACGAUGCCACGCUGUGACGAGCUUAUGUCCAACUGCUGGUGGCGCAACGGCAAUCGCGACUGUUGCGAAAUCUUCGAAGUGCAGCGCACCGAGUACGGAUUUUGCUACUCGUUCAAUUCGGAACUGGCGGAACCUCUCUCAUCACAGACUCAACACACCGGUCGCCGUCCGGAGUCGCGGCCACGAAGAGCGUCCGGCUACGGUGAGUGGAGCGGCGUCAAGGUUACGAUGCAUCUGGGAAACAUAACGAAGCCACCAGAUUCCGUUUCCCAGAGGACGUGCGAGAUGCAACAGUCAUACAAAUGUGCUUAUGUAUGUGUCGCAGUCGAGAUCGACGGCAUCGUGGUGAUGAUAAACUGGCCACACGUUUGGCCCAACAGCGGCACGAUGAUCCCAUCUGGUUCGUUGGUUAGCCUGUCUGUGGACUGCAUCUCCGGCUUCGCCACUCAGGGCGUGCUCGAGCUGGACGAAAGUAGGACGCCCUGCAAGUACGAUGAAACCGGCAUAUACAACCAGGAGACCUGUCUGUCGCACUGCAAACGCACCUACGUCAUUAAGCAUUGCGGUUGCAACCCGUCAUUCCUGUUCCCUUUAACCUCGGAGCGCGACUGCAACGUCGAGGAUUUCAUCUGUCUGGCCGAUUUCAAUGUGUCGAUGCGACAAGACCUGUUCAACGACUACAUCGUCCACUCAGAAGAAGAGAUCCCCGAGGACAGUAACGCCAUGAUCUGCGACUGCCCGCCGGAAUGCGACUACUACAUCUACAACAGCCGGUACUCUAACGUGCCCAUACAUGCCGUAAAUGGCGUAAUGCUGGACGUGCAUUUCAUCGGACAAACUACCUUCCGCUAUAAGACGGACAUCGUUAUCACACAAUUGGACCUUCUUGUGUCUUUCGGCGGCAUAAUCGGCUUAUUCCUGGGCGGCUCAUUGCUCAGCGCUGUCGAACUACUCUACUACGUAAUGGUGGCCGCGUUUUCGUCCCUAUACUCGCGACAAAGGACCGGAGCGGGUUCUAGGAUGCGUACGAGCGCGCCGAUCGUCCGCACAACGGUACUGCCCAUCCUGGAUUACGGCCCGCUAAAGCCGCCAGCGAGGAGAAUACCGAUUUUCGCGAAUUACGGCCUCGCGAAAUCGAAUUUGAACAGAUAUUGA